CCCCGCCCCCCGGGGAGGUGUCUCCCUGCUGGGGGCGGGCCCGGCGCAGCCCGAGGGGCAGAGAAGGGGCCGGGAACAUGGUGCCGCUGAGAGACUGCAAGGCCUGGCAGGAUGCUGGACUUGUCCUAUCCACCACUAGUAAUGAGGCCUGCAAAAUGUUUGAUGCUACACUGACUCAGUAUGUCACAUGGACCAAUGAUAAGAGUCUAGGAGGCAUUGAAGGAUGUCUCUCCAAGUUACUAGCAGCAGAUCCAACUUUUACGAUGGGACAUGUGAUUGCUAAUGGCUUGGUUCUGAUUGGCACUGGAACUUCAGUGAGGUUAGACAAAAAGCUGGACAGUGCGAUGAAAAAGAUGAUGGCACUUUCAGAAUCGCAACCACUGACUGAGAGGGAGAAGCUACACGUUUCUGCACUUGACAUGUUUGCCAGUGGGCGUUUUCCCAAAGCUUGUGAUGUAUGGGAUCAAAUUCUACGGGACCAUCCAACUGACAUACUAGCGCUCAAAUUUGCCCAGGCCACUUACUUUUACAUGGGAUGUCAAACACAGAUGCGAGACUCUGUGGCCCGUGUUUAUCCUUACUGGACACCUGAUAUUCCUCUUAGUAGCUAUGUGAAAGGCAUAUACUCCUUUGGACUGAUGGAAACUAAUUAUUUUGAUCGUGCUGAAAAGCUCGCCAAUGAGGCCUUAGCUAUAAACCAGUCAGAUGCAUGGUCUGUCCAUACCAUAGCACACAUAAAUGAAAUGAAAGCAGACCUGAAGAAUGGGUUGACAUUUAUGAAGCAAACUGAAAACAACUGGAAGGACUGUGACAUGCUUGCUUGCCAUAAUUACUGGCACUGGGCUUUGUAUUUUAUUGAAAAGGGUGAUUAUGAGGCUGCUUUGACAAUUUAUGACAAUCAUAUUGCUCCUGCAUGCUUGUCAAACAGAAGUAUGUUAGCUGUGCUAGAUAACUGCUCCAUGCUGUACCGGCUUCAGUUGGAAGGUGUAAAGGUGGGAGACAGAUGGAAUGAAGUUAUCCCUCUUGCAAAGAAGCACACCAAAGAUCAUGUUUGGCUUUUCAAUGAUGUCCACAUACUCUUGUCUUUGCUUGGGGUCAAAGACCACAAAACCACCAAUGAGCUCUUAACAACUCUUCAGGAACUUGCCAAAGCACCUGGUGAAGACCAUGAGCUUAGUUUGGCUCCAAAAUUGGGGUUGCCACUUUGCCAGGCUUUGGUAGAGUUUGACAAUGGAAAUUAUGACAAGACAGUAGAAUUACUUUAUCCAGUUCGCUACGAACUCCUGCAGAUAGGAGGCAGCAAUGCUCAGAGAGAUGUUUUCAGCCAGCUAUUGAUUCAUGCUGCUUUAAAUUGUAAAUCAAAAGCCUAUCAAAAACUGGCUAGAUGCCUCCUGGCAGAACGUGAUGGGUUGAGACCAAAUUCACCAUUGACUGAGCGACUUAUUCGGAAGGCAUCAGCUGUUCAUGCGAUGGGAUGAAUCUUAAAUCUGUUAUUCCCGUGGAAAUAAUAAUUAGCACUGUAAUGAGUCUCUUUCUAUGGCAUUAAAAGAAUCAAAAUAGGGAAAAUCCUGCAUCAUCAGCCAUACCAGAUCUUCUAAAUAUCUGAGCUUUGGGAAGCUUCUUUUGGAGAUUCAGCAUCAUUGCUUGAGUUUCUGGCAUACCUCUAAUUCUUGGAAGAUUGUAGCCUAGCUGUGCCUAGCAGGGCAACAGUAGCAAAUGAAAUAGAUAUCAAUAUUUGUUUAAAAGCAUGCUGAGCCUUUGCUUUUCAGGAGAGCGCAUCGGUCUUAUGCUUAUCAGAUUGCAGGAUAACACUAUUAUUGCAAGGUUGUGCACUGCCAAAGUAGGCAGUGGUGUUGCUAUUCGAGUACAUGAAUACUAGAUUGGGAUGGAUAGAGCUUUUAUAUGAACACCCCAAUAACCACAGCAGGCUCUGGCCCCACAGAACCACUGCUACAAAUAGGGGAAGGAUGUGGGAGCCCUGUGUCUCCAUGAAGCUCCACUCCAUAUGGUCUCCUAAUGCAUGCAGUGGUGGGAGAGGAGAUUGGGGUUUUGAACCAAUGAAUCAGGUGACAGUCUUCUAUGGAGUGGCACUAGCCACAUAGUGUGCUCCAGUGCUGGAAUUGCAACAGAGGCCUGGGGGAAGGUAGGAGAACACUCAUAUCACUCAUACACAGUGAUAUCCCACACACACACUAUCCAGUAUGCAGCCCAGAUCCUUGGGCUUGCCUCCUGGCUCUAGGUUCCUCAAAAAUAUAAUUUUGAAUUGUUGGCUAUUCAAGAUCAUGCCUGUAUGACUUUAUUUUGCAAGUUGACAACUUCACAGUUUAGUAUGAAGUUUUUACUGAUUGAAUUUAAGAUCUUUAUUAAAUAUACAAUAAGAAAAAUAUGUGAUUUUUAUCCUAAAUGCUUACCUUGUUUAUAUGUAAUGUGAUUUAUAUAUAAUUAAUACUACCUAUGGUCCUUUGUUCAAUUCAGUGAUAUGAUCCUUUUUUUCUGAACUCAGGCAGUAGCAAGGAAGUGACUAGUUACGUGUAUGAAACUGUAGUUUAUGAUUAUUUUAUAUAUUCAAUCUGGAUCUCUUUUCAGCAGAAUUCUGGGAUGAGUCAAGCUAUUCUAUGCACCAAACGUGUGAGAGAAAGCCAUGCUGUUUGAAUUUAAAAUUUAUGGUAUCUAGUUCAGCAACAAUAUUCAUAUUCACCCACCCAUCCAAAACAAAUCCCACAAAAAACAAAAUCCCAUUUUGGGAACUCAUUUUCAGAGGUGGACUUGGCACCAAAAACUUCCAUUACACUACUGUUGGGCAUAUGUGUGGCCAGACUGCAAAAAUUGUCAUUUACACUUAUCUUUCCCUACGCCCACCCAAUCCUUUAUUCCUUGAAUGAGUCUGCACUGAUUUUUCUUGUAUUAAAAAUGUUCUGGAUUCAUGGUG